UGGAAGUAAAGCGCGAAGUAGCUCGAAAAACCAUCAUCCUCAUGCGUCGUUUACUGAUCGCUCUGUUCUCCCUGUCGGUCGCGGUUUGUUUACGGUCGUCGGCCGGGGCCAAAGUGCUAACCUGCACGAGGUGGCACCGUAAUCAAACGUGCUUCAUCGAGGGAGCAUCGGUCAGUGGCGAGUCGGGCGAACAGCAUUCCGUCAGCGUUCCGGCCCGGACGCUGCACGUCACCAUCGAGGGGAGCGAGAUUCUGCACUUCUCGACCGGGCUGUUCGAUGGCCUUUCCGGCACCGCGUUUCUGACCCUGAAGAACGGCUUCAUUCCCGCCGUAACGUUCCGAUCGGACGGGCUGAACUCGCUGCGCGUCGAUCAUACGGAGCUGCGCGACUUUACGGUCCAGCCGGUGGAGAACCGCAACCUCAACACGCUCAUCAUCAGCGGCAAUCCGUUGCGGGCCCUUUCGCCCACCAUCCGCCACCUAACGGGCCUCUCGAUUCUGGACCUUUCGAACAACCAGCUGGAAAGCGUCAACCUCGGCUGGCUCGAACCGAUGGGCAACCUGCUGGUGCUCGACCUCUCGGCGAACCGCAUCGUACGGAUCGACGUUCUGGCACGGCUGCGCUUGAGCCGGCUGAAGAACCUCUGGAUCAAUCACAAUCGACUGCGCGGGCUCGACUUCUUCCCGGACUUUGCCCCAUCGCUGCGCCGGGUGCGGCUGGUGGAGAACCGGUGGAGCUGCGCGUGGGUGCAGCGGGCAAGGGCGGCCAUCUGGGUGACGGACGUGCAGGUGUACGGCGCGGAGUACCGCUGCCCGGCGGCGGCGACCGGGGACGGUGGUUUGUGCUGCUACGACCAUGACGACGAGGUUCUGGGAUCGGGUGAGUCCAGGUACGCCCAGGUCGUCAGUGUCAGCGCGGGUUCCGAGGAGUCAGCGGAGUGGGAGCUGAUUCCGCCGGGUCCAGAACGGUUGCGAGGUGAGAAUGGUGGACAAGCGAGUGCCCUUCACAGCCUGACACAGCCACCUUCCGGAGGGGAAUCUCCAACGGCGGCACUGGAGCACAAGUACCGCGCAUUAGUCAGGGAGAAGGAGCAUCUCGAAAAACGAUUCAUCGCCACCGUACGGGAGCUGGAAGGAGCCAACAGACGAGUGGUGGACCAGUUGAUCGCUGCGCGCGAUAUGAUUAGGACAUUGCACAAUUUGGAGGAAACGGAGCCGAAGUCGGUGCAACACUAGGCCGGGACCUCGCAAAAUCAUAAACAACAGGAUUUACUGUCACUCAAAUAUUAUCAAGCAACUAUAGCAACUAUCAACUAAUAUCAACUAUAGACCGUUUUGUAUAAGCACGAUUUUGACUGAUCACUACUCUCUUCACAUGACGUUUAAAGUAUCUACUUCGACAUAUUUAUUUAGUAUACACUUUAACUUUUGUGAAAAUGCGAAGCAUUUCUCCAGAGGAGCGCCAACAGCUUUUGCACAAAUGGUGCACUAUUCCCAACAUAUCACUGAGUCAGUUGGCAAAACAGGGAAAAAUAAGUAUUGGAGCGGUUCGAAACGGAAAAAGAAAAUUCAAAGAAGAAAGCAGUUUUCAGGAUAAAAUGAAAUCUGGGCGGAAAACGGGUCCGGUGGAUAACAUUUUGGACCAAAAAGUCAUGUGCGUUUACGCCAUCGAGAAAAGUGUAUCCGUCCAAGAUGUGGCUAAAAAGGUGGGAUCAACUGUGAGUACCGUGCAUCGUGCCAAAAUAAGAUUACGUCUGAAGACAUACAAGAAGCAGAAGCAAAAAACCAAAACGGAGUGCGAAACAAGUUGGAUCCGUAAAUUGUAUGAUCAACUGCUUCGUGACAAACGAGUUUACGUCAUCAUGGACGACGAAACUUAUUGCAAAUUUGACCACCAAAGGUUGUCCACAGACAAGACCGAUCGAAACUUUUUGGGCACUUACCAAGGCAUACUUGAGAAAACAUGUAAAGCCAACCAACACCAUUGAAAUAUUCGCCAAAGAUUGGAAGAAAGUGCCCAUAAUGAUUGGAAAUUGUUUAACAGGAAUGUAAUUUUGUAAAAACGUUAAGUAAGAUAACAGAGCAUUAAAAACUGAAGAAAAAAAUUGAGUUUACUUGUAAUUUGAAUUUUUGGCGUUCAUUUAAAAUCGUGCUUAGACAUAAUGAAACGGUCUAUAUAAUCUCCAAGUGACGUAGUUAAAUUUUGUUACGAAGCAUAUAAGGCCGCCCCCCAAGGCCGCGAUUCGCUCUUAUCGGACAUAGCUGACUGUAGUAUCAGCAGAAAGAUUAAGCAAAUAUGACUGGAAUGUCGGUUUGUUGUCAGUCUAGACUUGAGAAAAAUAUUAGCACUAACAGCAAGUCUAGAAGGUAUUGAUAAACUAGAAGUAAUUUCCUUUCACCUUUCCGUAUUUGUUAAACAAGGCCGAGCGUAGUUAUACGGAUUGUCUAUUAGUU